AUGCCCAAGAGCAGGGGUAACGUGCGCUCAUACAGUGGCUGUAUCACUUGCCGGCAGCGAAAACUGAAGUGUGAUGAAAAGCAGCCGAUCUGUCAGAAUUGUAUCAAGAGUUCGCGGGACUGUCUCUAUAUUGAGAGAGCCGUCUUUCGCACCUUUGGCAGCAGCGCAAACUCGAAUAGGAAAACAAGUCUCAAGGUCAACCGUUGCGAACCAUUUGAUGAGGACCAGAUUUGGUUAGACGUUCCCAAGGAUUUAAAAUUCGUGAACAUUGAAGACCCAUAUGAACCUGACUCCACGGAUGUCUAUCAAGGCGAGGUGGAAGAGCCAUGCCAAGAGGCGGCACAAAAUGCAGACGCGAGGAGUUCAACUUCGGCUCAUGACCAAACAGACGAAGCUUCAAACUGUCACGGGGUCAGUCCCUCACAGAAUUUCCCAGCAUCUCCGCAUGAACAUGAAGAUGAGCCGCUAUCAAUUGCUCAGCUUAACAAUGGUCUGAACGGCAACCUUUUGUCUUUACAAUUAUUGCGACACUUCAAGGAAGGGCCCGGCCAAUGGAUGGACACUUUUGAUACUGGGGCCUACUUCUCACACAAGGUUACAGUUAUGGCCACCACAAAGCCACUCCUUAAAUCUGCUGUGUGCGCUCUGGCGGCGAAACACUUGGGUCACUGUCAAAACAUCGCAAAGGGGCGGUCUGCGGAGCAGCCAGAGGGCAGACACAGGGCCAUCUCGACACUCGAGAGCACUGUUGAUUGGCAGUAUCAAUCCGCCAAGCACUAUGACUGCGCCAUCAAGCAUCUGAAAAUCGCUAUCAAUCGGGGAGCAUUCGAGACCGAUGAUGCCGAUAAAGAGGAACUGUUUGCUUCCAUCACCAUACUUUGCACUUAUGAGCUAAUGGAUGCACCAGGCACAGCUUGGAGUGCUCAUCUUAGUGCGCUGCCGCUUUUCAGUCCUGGAUUUGCCUCUGAGUCACUCUUGGGCUCCCCGAUCGCCAUUCCUAGAGCAGCUGUGUCUGGGCCUAUCUUUUGGAGCUUGGCGAGACAAGAUCUGCUUUGUUCUUUUAUCAGUGAGACACAAACACGGCUGGAUCUGAAGGAUAUUCGUCUGUGGCAGAACGCUGGUCUUGUCACCGACGAACACGGAUCACUGAUGCCCUUUUACAUCUCCAAUGCUGCCGACGUGGAGGAGGAUACAAAGAGCAACGAGCUAGUUUGGCUUCUGGGCAAGAUUGCGAACCACAUCGCAGCUGGAGAUGCCCUAGAUCCAAAACACUAUGCUCUUCCACCGGGUCAGCGACCGCUUGUUGGUGUGACACAAGAGCAAUUGAUCGAGAGAUGGAAUAUCCUGACCAGAGAGCUUCAGAACUGGCGCUGUACACUACCGGCGAGCUUCAACCCAAGUGCCCGAACCAGUGGGAUUGAAGAGGACAGUUGCCCUCUCAACUUUGAGAAGAUAUGGUACGAAGCUCCAAUAUGUGCCGCCACAAUGCAGAGCUACCACUUGGCCUGCAUUUUAUUACUGACAAACCAGCCUCAAGAAUCCACAGCUGUCCGCUCGUCGGUCUCUGCCCGCCUGGACUCAUACCGGCAAAGUGAGCGCGAGGCUCUUCGUCACGCUCGCGAGAUCUGUGGCAUCAGCCUGACGAACCCUCCAGAUUCUGUACGAGUGCAUUCCGUUCAGGCCCUUUUCGUGGCGGGCCAAGUAUUCACCGAUUCGCGAGACCUUGAAGUUGUCGUAGAAUUGCUGUCAGGUAUUGAGCGGGACCUUGGGUGGACAACAAGCCAUCAUGCUUCUCGGAUCGCAGAGUUGCUGGCUAGACGGAGCAGCGACAGGAAUGCAGAAUGGAUUUUCGCCUAA